GGAUUCACAUUGUAUACAAACCAGGAUUAGGUUGGAUUAUUUGAAAAUAUGAGACCCAACAAUAUUAUUAAAGGAUUCACACAAGUUGGUCACGUUCGGUGUUUGUUACGUCACUAUGGCAGCGCGUAUAGGAUCGGGACGAAAGGAAAAUUCGAGGUUUCUGACGGAGAUAAUAAAACAGACGAAGAAAUCUAUCGCGCAAGUGUCGAACAUGCGGUAACAUCCAAAGCACGGUCCCCACUAUAUGGCUUCGAAUAUGGGACCAAACAUGGAGCGACAGAACUACCCAAUAAUAAAUACAUUGGGAAAGAUUUGCCAAGAUAUGGAAGUUAUAACAAGUAUUUAGUUGAAGCUGAACGAACGAGAAUCCGGAACCGAAAAUUAAAAUUAAAUUGGAAGACGAUGGAUUAUUGGUGGAAGAAACAUAAUGGGUUCGUGAACUUUGUUGAUAUCGGAAUGGGGGAACCACCAGACCAAGUAUCAAAGAACACGAAGAUGAAAGAGUUACAACGACUUAAACAAGAUGACACGAGGGAACAACAAGCAAGACGAGGACAAUUGAAACUCAACAUUGAUGAAGUGAUGAAUGAAUUCGAGGAAACCAACGAAUGUGCGUCCGAGAUCCAUCGGGUGGCGCACCACUACGGGGUUUUUAAAGAUUUAUUUGGACACGCCCAUUUUUAUCCCCGCUUGCGCAUGGAGGUCGGGUACAAAGAUGGAGGCUCAUUCAUUAACCCCGUGCAUUAUGGGAAUGAAAUAUCACCAAGCGAAGCAUCAACACAACCAGAAGUUACGUACCAAAGUGAGGCCGAUGGUUUAUGGAGUUUGUUGUUGCUUAACUUGGAUGGAAAUAUUGAAGAUAAUGAUAAAGAAUAUCUUCACUGGUUUGUCACCAACAUAGAGGGUGAUGACAUCACAACGGGGGAAACGAUCAUCGACUACCUUCAACCUCUCCCCCCUCGCGGGACCGGCUACCAUAGAAUGGUGUUUCUAUUGUUUAAACAAACCAACAAACUCAACAUUCAACCUCACGAACACCCGUGCCCUUUACAAGAUCGGUCGUUCCGCACCAGAGACUUCUACAGACAACAUGAGGAAACGAUUAUCCCGAUGUCGUUACGAUUCUAUCAGAGCAGUUGGGAUGUAUCAGUUAGGGGGAUUUACCAUCAAAUGGACAUGGGGGAGCCUGUGUACGAGUUUGUACCACACGAUAUCGAUAGACUGAGCCCGUUAACAAAGUUUCCCGAAGGCAAGACGAUGGGGUGGCUACGGAGGUUUAUGCCAGACGAAGUUGUUUAUCCGGGUGGUGGAAGUUAUACUUGAUGUUGAAUAAAAUGUCACAACGUGGA